AUGCCGCGCCAUACACGUUUUGUCUUCCUCCUCCUCUCCCUCCUCCUUGCGUUCGACGGUAUACGGCCCACGCACGCUCUGGGGGUGAAUUCGCGCAGAGUUGAACUCUUUGCGCGAGGGAAGUCGACGGUGCCCUUCGAGCAGGACGAUGGAGAAGUUGUGCCGAGGGUGGCUCAUUCCUUCCGGAUCCCCUCACUCGUGGAGGUGGACGGGGUGCUUGUCGCCAUAGGAGACGCUCGGUAUUUGAGCGAUGAUGAUAACGCUUUCAUUGAAACUGCGGUGAAGUUCAGCGUUGAUGGUGGGAGUACGUGGGAAACGCAAAUCGCAAUCAAGAACAGCCGUGUGAACAGUGAACGCUCCCGUGUGCUGGACCCGACAGUCAUCGUGAAGGGGAACAAAAUUUACGUUCUGGUGGGGAGCUACAAUAUAACUUCGACCUACUGGACUUGGCAGGGUGAUGGAAGCGACUGGGAGCCCCUGCUGGCUGUUGGCGAGGUCAACAAGACAACCGUGGGUGGCAAGCCAAACGCAACGAUCACAUGGGGCAAGCCCGUGUCGCUGAAAUCCAUCUUUCCCAAGACGAUCGCAGGUGCACCAUCGGCACAGUUCCUGGGCGGUGUGAGCAGAGCCAUUGUGCUAAAUGACAAGACUCUUGUAUUCCCUGUACAGGCCACGAACGAGAAGAAACAGAUCACCUCGAUGAUCAUGUACUCGGACGAUGAUGGUGCGUCGUGGUCAUUUGGGUCGGGCAACACUCAUAUUGGCUGCUCCGAACCUUCCCUCGUGGAGUGGGAGGGGAAGCUCAUCAUGAACGCCCGAGUUGACAACGCCCCCCGCAAGGUGUUUGAGUCGACGGACAUGGGAGAGACGUGGUCCGAGGCUGUGGGGACGCUCUCUCGUGUGUGGGGCCCCUCACCCUCACGUACAGAGCCCGGUAGCCAAGGCAGCUUCAUCACGGUGACCAUUGAGGGGGUGCGUGUGAUGCUGUUUACCGUUCCUCUGAAUUUCAAGGGGAGGUGGCUGCGCGACCGGCUCCACCUCUGGGUGACGGACAACAGGCGCAUCUUUGACGUUGGACAGGUUUCUGAUGGUGACGAGGACAGCCCCUACAGUUCCCUGCUGUACACAAAGGCCGGCAAGCUGUAUUGUCUGCACGAGAUGAGCCAUGAUAGGGUGUACAGCCUUAUUUUUGCGGAGCUGAUCGACGAGCUGGAGCUGGUGAGAUCCGUGGUGAGGACGUGGAAAGCGCAGGAUGAAUACUUCUCGAAGACGUGCAGCUCCACCGCGUCGGAGGCUCUACCGUCGGACGGCGGUUGUGCAGCUGCUGUCCCCACAGGUGGGCUUGUGGGGUUCUUGUCCGGCAACUCGGACGACCAUCACUGGCAGGACGUGUACCGCUGCGUGGACGCCAACGUGACGGGCGCAGAGAAGGUGACCAACGGCCUGCUGUUCAAGGGGCACGGUGCUGGUGCCCUGUGGCCAGUGAACCUGCAAGGACAGAAUCGACGCUACGAAUUUAUGAACAACGCCUUUACCCUUGUGGCGACGGUGACGAUCCGCGAGGCUCCGGCAUGCGAGAAGAAUCCUCUACUGGGCGUGAGCAUGACCGUGGGUGGGGGGAAGAGGGUCCUCGGACUGUCGUACGGGAAGAAUUACCAAUGGAGACCCGUAUACGGUGGUGUACUGAUGAAUGCGGAAGAAACAUGGGAGUUGAACAAGCCGUACCAAGUUGCCAUCACGAUGGGUGCGGACACUUCCUCUGUGUACGUUGAUGGGAAGGUUCUGGGAGGCGCAGCCCAGCCGCUGCCUCCGGCCCUGAAGGUGCGCGACUUCUCACACAUCUACAUUGGCGGGCUCGCGGACGGCAGCAAGGGCCCGUCAAGCUCUGUGACGGUGGCGAACGUUCUCCUCUACAACCGCGUGCUGAGCCCCCACGAGGUAGAGACGCUGUCCUUGUACAAGGAUAGUAUUGCUGUGGCACCGGAUGCGAGGCUGGAGGCCCCCAGCCCCUUUGCCAUCCCUGGCGCCGAGACGGCUGUGAUGCCGAAGACUGACGGCGGGGCGAGCCCUCUGCCCCAAGUGCCCCAGUCGCCACCGGACGCCGUUCCUCGCGCAACCAGCGAGACGGUCACGCCCGCAGUCAAUCAUGGCGGUGGGCGAAGGGAGAAUGAAGAUGAUGGCCCUCUGGCUGAGGUGAUUCAGUGCCCAGAGGCGGACCGUGAAGAGUCCUCUUUGGACAGCACAGUCGAUGUGGAUGCUUCGAGGUCCGAUGAAUACGACGCUGCACAAGCGCAUGCGCGGAUGCUGUUACUGCUGCUUCUGGGCGUGUGGGGACUUGCGGCCCUGUACUGA